UAUAUACAAAGAGGUGAACAUAUAUUAUCAAAUACAAAAUGAUAAAAUCUAGUGAGUACCAAGAGAAAGCAAACUUUGUAAAACAAUUAUGCGUUAUACAACGUUGAAAAAUAACUGAAAAUAAACAACUUAGAUUUAAGGACAAAGAUAAAUUGUACAUAGCUAUGAAAAGUUAUCCAACAUUAAACAUAUGUUAAAAUAUCAUUUAGACUGUUUUGAAUAGUAAGGGCUAAUGAGGACAUGGCAGUCCUUGAACUUGGAGUUUGUUUCAUUAGAUAACAACGUGAGCGUUGUAUUUCCAGCGUCACUGUCUAUCUGAACAAAUCGGAAGUCAAUAGUUAUAAACUAUCAUACCGUCACUUACGUCUAGGUCUUAUUGCUGGUAGCAGGCGAAACGUCAAGUACAUAGUCAAAGAUACAUACAAAAUGGCUGAAAACAAGAAAGGUCAGUAUGAUGAUGAAGAAAAGUUGCUGGAAUGCUCCAUUUGCCUCAACAAACUCAAACAGCCUAAAACCUUAAACUGUCUACAUAGCUUUUGUAUGCAGUGUUUAAGAAGCUUGCUCAAGGAAAAAGAUGACUUGAUUUGCCCAACAUGCCUAAAACCAUGUCCCAUUCCAGAGGGCGGACUCCUGGAGCUACAACCAAACGCCUUCAUUAACAACUUAUUAGAAGCAUUCGAAAUGAUUGGGGAAGGAGACAACAUGGAAUGUAGCUGUGAAAAAGAUAAAAAGGCAUCACAUUAUUGCCCGGAAUGCAAACAGUACAUCUGCUCCACUUGCUUUGACAAUCACAAGAGAUUUCCCGCUCUUAAAAGUCACAAAUUACACUCAAUAGAAGAUGUGCAAUCUAUGACACCAUUACAGUUUUCAUCGUUACAUCGCCAACAAUGUGCCCUACACAAUGAAAUUUUGAAGUUCUACUGCAAAUGUUGUGAGACUGUAGUAUGUAUGCACUGUGCAAUUACUGACCACUGUGACGGAAAUCAUAAGCUAAUUAGUAUACACGAAGCAUUCAAUGACUUCGAAAUGACUGCAAUUAAAGUGAAGGAAGCUUCUAAUGAAUACAAUACCAUAAUGCAAGAUGGCCUCAAAAAUGCUUUUCAUAAUGAUUCAAAAUUAUGUAAAAAUAAAAAGAAUUGCUUGAGAGAUAUUGAAAAUCAUGUACAAAAAAUGGUUAAAAUCAUUAAGAAACAAGAAGAACAAUUAAAAGAAAAAGUAGAAAAAGAACAUGAAAAGAAGAAAAAAGAAAAUGAUGCCCAAAUUCGUAAGUUUAAAGCAUCAAUAUCUGAUGUAGAAACAAAAAUGAAUUUUCUUAGUAAGUUAUUGAGAAGUGAUGCAGCAACAGCUUUGCAGUCAAAUCAAACCAUUAUUACAGCAUUGAAAAAAAUAAUUCAGCCAGAAACAUAUGCAAUGGAUAAUAAAGAUAAAAUGAAUAAUGCAAAAAUUCACUUCUUUCAAAACAAACAAUUAUUUAGUGAAUUAUUACAGCAAGAAAUUGGAAACGUGAGUGGGAAAAAUGUUGCAGGCUGUUUGAGAAUAGAGAAUGGGACAAAAAUAUAUGCUACAAGAGGCCAAAACCUAGCUGUCAAAAUAAUUAUAUCAGAUACAUGUAAAAUAAAUGUACAUCAACUGAAGGCAACGUUGGCAAAAUGUAAAGAAACAAAGGUGAUUCACAUGAUAGAGGAAAGUGAUGGAAAUUUUGUUAUAAAAGAAGUUUUAGAUAGUAUCGGUGACUACAUCUUAGAUGUUUGUAUUAAUGGUGAACCAAUCAAACAAUCUCCAAUGAUGAUAAAUGUAAUAAAAGAAGGCUUAGUAAAGACUAUCAAAGUAGAUAAAAAUGUCACUGAUGUUGCAUGGUGUAAACAAGAUAGCUGCUUACUAGUUUCAUUUUGCAAAGGUGAAAUUUACAAGUAUAAGCAAUCGGGAGAAUACAUUGGUAAGAUAUCACUAUCAAAAGGUGUGAGGGUAAUUAGAAUGUGUAUAAUGAAAAAUGGUAACUUAGCAUUCAGUGAUGAUGGUGAUGAUCAAUGCAUCAAAAUAUGCACAAUGAAUGGUAAUGUAGUUAUGAAAAUCGGAAAGGGAGUUUUAAAUCGUCCAUCUGGGGUAGAAGUGAAUGACACGUCAACACGAGUUUACGCUACAUGUUUUUCCAAUUCUUACGUACACAUAUUUGAUAUUGAUGGUAAUGUGAUCAAUAGACUACAGGGUUUAUAUUCCGGUAAAAUUUGGUGUAAUGAUGUCUCUCUUACAAAAGCUAGAAAGUUGCUCAUAUCAAAUUGUAUUCAGAGUAGACUAGAACAAUUUAAUACAGAACAGUGCUUGAAGGUGCUUGUAGGGCCAAGUAGAGUUAAUGCACCUGGUGGAGUUGCUGUAGAUGACGAUGACAAUAUCAUUUUAUCAAGUAUAAACAAGUUGGAUCUACUUCGUAGGGAUGGUACUUUCAUUAAAAGAAUUGAUAAACAAGAAGAUGGAAUCAAUUGCCCACAGGGAGUAGCAGUAAUCUCGUAUUAUCCAAGGAGAAUUGCUGUCACAAACCAGCAUGAUAAAUCAAUUAAAAUAUUUGAUUACUAGAAUUAAAAACAGUAAAUAAGCAUGUAAACAUAAACAAUGGAAGUUAUACAUAUUAAGUACUCUUGAAUAGGCCGGGGAAAAAGACCAUUACUCUACGGCUUGAAGAGGUGCGAUUCCACCGUUGUACAUACCUGGAAAUAAGCCUGUAAAUUGUAGACCACAGUAACAAUUAUUUUUCUCAAGAAUCAGCAGAGAUCACUGCAUUUGCUGGGCCAUGGGAUAACUUGAGCGAAAUUACACACUAUAUGAAAAAUACUAUGCCAUAAAAAUUGGAAUUGCUGGAAAUAACAGAAUGAGAUACAGUCCCAACUCUCUCUAAGACAAUUUUUAACCCUGACAAAAUGUUUCAAGUUUUAUAGACAAGGAAAGGGGCAUUCAUUCCCGAUUUGAAGAAAAGAAGGAGUAGACCCUCUUUAGAGACAGUCGAUCUAAUUUUCCUUAAUAUUAACCUCGGGUAUGUUGCUUUAUGUUCGCUUGACCUAUUCUGAGGUGUAUAUAAAGACAAACUCAUAGAGCUACAAGACAGCGUGUAAAAAAAAAAGAUGCGUAUAUGAAUAUCAUUAAUAGUGGUAAUAAUUAGUACAUUAUUUGACAUAAAUAUAUAAUUGUAUAGCAAUAAAAGAACAAAGAAGAAAUGUAGAAUUGACAAUUAAAAUUGUAUAAUAUAUAAUACAUUAGAUGCUAAGAAAUGUUGAUGCUAUCUGCUUUAAUUAAUUUAGGAUAGAUAUGUAUUUUUUGUAUAUGUUUAAUAUUGAAGAAAAUGGACGAAAGAGGAAAACAAUACUGUAUAUACGCCCACAUAAAAUAUAUGAUAUAUUUUAAAUAUGCUGUAACAGUUUAUUAUUUUGUUUAUAAAGUAUAUACAGUAUUUUCGCUUAUUUACAAACAUUUACGUAAGUUAAGUUGCAUACCUACUGAUGUGAGUACCAAAUGUAUUUUUGAAUGAUUUUUACAAAUAAUUGUGCAAAUUGAUUAGGGACUUAAUUGUUUAUUGGAUAUUUAAGUCACAGAAACAGCCAUGAAGAUAUGAAAUUACCUCAUUACUUAUUGACAGUUACAAUGCUUGUUUUUGUUAAGUACCAGUACUUCACUUUCUUUUUACGAUGUUUUGACUCUUUGACUUUUUUAUCUUUUAUUUGCAUUUAUUUUACUAUUUAUAUUUUAUUUAACUUCUUUUAAACGGCAUUAUCGUUUUACUUCUAAACUUAGUUGUAGGUUAGUUUAAGCGGGUGUUAUUGUUUCAUUGUAUAUUGUUAUUAUUCUUAAUUUAUCUUUAUUUAUGGCUUUAUGGUAUAUGAUUGACUUUGGCCCCUCUCUAUUUUUAACAAUCCCAUUCGGGCUUCAUGAGCGUUCCUCUUUUGUCAGUAUUAAUUCUUGUCUGUUAAUUUAAUGUAUCUGAAUUUGUUUUUGACGAAAUAAAGAAUUUUUGUAUUGUGGAGACAAAGAUGAGACAUGUGUAGUAAAGAAUACAUGUUGGUUUUCAAUGUCUCUCACAUU